AAGUACUAGAAAAAAAAUUUGCUUACAUCGUAGAUUAUAGAAGUAAAACAGGUUCAGGUAGAAAAUUUGAGUUUGACUUUGCUGAUAAUUAUUGGUAUUGACAGACGCAAAAAAAAUGAGUGAUGUUCAGGAAUAUCCUGAAGUUUUUCAGGAGGUCAGAGGAGCCUUGAAUCCUGGCAGACUGAAGUUACAGAGUAACAGUGUUACAUUUAAAAACAUAAAAACAGGCAAAGUCGACCAAUAUCAAGGUUCUGAUAUAGAGAAAGUUCAUUGGUUAAAGAGAGCCAGAGGAAACUGUCUGAAAAUGAUUUUGAAUAAUGGUACCAUUCACAGAUAUGAUGGUUUUAGAGAAUCAGAUUUUGAUAAGUUAUCAUCAUUUGUAUCUAAAUACUACAGCAGUGAAUUAGAAAAAAUUGAUAUGGCUUUAAAGGGCUGGAAUUGGGGAAAGGCUGAAUUUGUUGGUAAUGGCCUAGAUUUUAAUAUAGAUAACAGUUUAGCCUUUGAAAUACCACUAGGUAAUGUUUCCCAUUCUACUACGAGUAAGAAUGAAGUCACAUUAGAAUUUCAUCAGAAUGAUGACGCUGCAGUUUCUUUGACAGAAUUAAGAUUUCACAUUCCGACUGACCCAACAAGUGAAACUGAUGCUGUACAGGAAUUCUAUAAUAAUGUAUUAGCUAAAGCUGAUAUUAUACAAGCUACUGGGGAUGCUGUUGUUACAUUUACGGAAGUCCAAUGUCUUACUCCAAGAGGUCGCUAUGAUAUUAAACUCUAUCCAACAUUUCUACAACUUCAUGGUAAAACAUUUGAUUAUAAAGUACCCUAUACUACAGUAUUACGAUUGUUUUUAUUACCACAUAAAGAUGGUAGACAGAUGUUUUUUGUGGUUAGUUUAGAUCCACCUAUAAAACAAGGUCAGACCAGAUAUCACUUUCUCAUAUUAUUAUUUAAUAAAGAAGAUGAGAUGACUGUAGAACUGGGAAUGACAGAAGAAGAAUUAAAAGAAAAGUAUGAUGGUAAAUUAACAUCAGAAAUGGUGGGUUUAGAAUAUGAAGUUGUUAGUAAAAUAUUUAAAGCUGUAACCAAUAGAAAGAUCACAGUACCUGGCUCUUUUCAAGGACAACAAGGUACACGUUGUGUCAGUUGUUCAUAUAAAGCAGCUACUGGUUUACUGUAUCCAUUAGAACGUGGUUUUAUAUUCGUACAUAAACCACCACUACAUAUAAGAUUUGAUGAAAUCAGCUGUGUUAACUUUGCUCGUGGUUCAGGAAAUACCAGAUCUUUUGAUUUUGAAAUAGAAACUCAGUCAUCCAAUGUUUAUCAUUUUGUUGGUAUUGAAAAAGAUGAAUAUGGAAAACUGUUUGAUUUUGUAACUGGUAAAAAAUUAAGAGUGAAAAAUAUUGACAAGAAGAAAUCGACAGUGUCUAAUGUUGAUCUAUCUGGAAGUGAUGAAGAAGGUGGUGAUCAUGAUGCCUAUCUAGAGAGAAUGAAAGCUGAAGGUAAACAGAGAGAUGAUGGUGAUGAAGAUGAUGAAACAGACAGCUCAGAUGAAUCAUUUAAUCCUGGAGAAAGUGGUAGUGAAGUAGCUGAAGAAUAUGACAGUAAUCCACCUACCACAGAUUCUGAUGAGUCUGAUAGUGAUUCAGGGUCAGGAUCAGCAGAUUUAGCCGAGAAAAAAGUAAGACGAGAAAAGAAAGAAAAAGAACGAGCUGAGAAGAAAGCUAAGAAAGAGAAAGAAAAGAAGAAGAAAUCAAAAUCUGCCAAAACAGUGUCUGAAGGCGGUAGAAAGAGAAAGGAAAAAAAGAAGAGUAAGCGAGAGAAAGGUCAACCUAAACGACCUCAGUCUUCCUAUUUCCUGUGGUUAAAUGAACAUCGUGAACAGAUCAAAGAAGAAAAUCCUGGUAUAUCUAUUACUGAUAUCAGUAGGAAAGCUGGUGAAAUGUGGAAAAAAGUGGAUGACAAAACCAAAUGGGAUAAGUUAGCUGAAGAAGCUAAGAAAGAUUAUGUUAAAGCUAUGGAAGAGUGGAAUAAUAGAGAGAGAUCUGCUUCAGAGGGUAGUGAUGAUGAGAAAAAAUCUCCUAAAAAGAAAGAAAAGAAGAAAAAACCAUCUUCAUCACCAAGUAAGAAAGCCAGUGAUACUCGAGCUGGUUCUGGUGGUGUUUAUAAAAGUAAAGAAUUUAUUUCAAGUUCAGACUCAUCUGGUGAAGAUAAACCAGCUAAGAAGAAACUACGUAAAGAUGGUAGCGAGAGUGAAAAGGAGCUUCCAUCAGAACCUGAUGAAGCCACACCCAAUACAUCAGAAGAUUCAGGACACUCUGGUAAAGAUGGAAAAUCAGGAUCAGAAUCAGAUUAAACAAUCAAAUUGAACUUCUAGUGCUAUCUUAAUGACAAUUUAACUAUUAAAUAUUGUUGUUCACUUGUGAAGUAUUACUCCAGCUCCAAGAAAAAAUGUUGUAUCUCUAUGUUGUUGGAUGAUGAGUUGACAUGGUGUUUAUAAGAAUAAGCAUACCAUGGUCAUAGUAAUUUGAGUUAUGAAAGAAAUUGUAGAUAAAUUUGACACUCUGGCAACUGUAGAUUCUGAAUCACUUUUUGUCAAUACAAGAUUGUAAGGAAUACACCUUUUGUUCUCAUCACAAAAUCCCAGCAUUGGGGAGGGAAGAAAUAUGAUUGCUGUCAGUGUCAUCAAAAAGAUGAAUGUUCAAGAAGGCCAACUUUAGACCCUUACUGAAGUGGUUGAAUUAAAUAUAAAAAUAAAUAUAAAAACUUAAUUAAAAUCAGAACAAAAGUUUGGUAUCUUCAAUUCGACUAGAAAUAAGUUUUUUUUAACACUCCAGUCUACAUCAAUGCGUUUUUAUGGAGGUUUUCUUUUCAAUUCUCAUUAAAAUCAUCUAAGUUGAUUGAAAUUCAGAAAUUGCUAAAGGGAUUUAGGUGAAUUUUAUUCUGAAAAGUGAUCUGAAACUAACAUCUAUGAACAAUUAGGGCCGUAUGCAGCGCUCUUACCUUGACUAAAGAUGAACUUUGGCUAAAGUCGAACUUUACAAAGUUAGGAUUAAGGCUUUCAUUUUCUACAUUUGAUAGUCAAAUUUAAGCACGACUUUCGUAAAGAUCGACCGGUACAUACGUAAAGUUCGACUUAAGUCUAACUUUAGUCAAAGUUUAGGUAAAGUACAAGCGCUGCAUAUGGCCCUAAAUAUUGAUUACUGAAGGUAAAUUCAGACAUUAUUAUAAUUAUAUUUACUUCAUGUUAUAAAGAUUAAAAAUUCAUUACAAUGUUUUCUUGUUUAUUGUUCAUUUGUAAAUAAAUCAUCAUGUCUAA